AUGGCCAUGUCACUAGGAACGAGAGAAAUCCAGGCAACAACAGAAUUUCCGAACUUGAAUCCAUUAUGGCUUGAUCCCACCCUGACUUUACACAAUGCCACUGCGACUGCGACUGCGAUUGCGAUUGCGAAUUCAAGUUCCUCCCACGCUCAACCCUCACAACCACCAAAAGCACAGCCCCGUCGCCGAGCAAGGACCAACACCUCAAAAGAGAAAAUAAGCCCGGAGAAAUCGCGACAUCUCGAACGAAACCGAAUUGCAGCAAAGAAGUGUCGCGAAAAAAGAAAAAAUGCCCAAGAAAAUAUGGAAUAUACCCUUGAAACAGAAACAGCAAGAAACCAAGCGCUGGUAGCGGAAGUUUCCGCCCUAAAAGAGGAAGUAUGGCAUCUCAAGAACCAAGUACUGGAUCAUGCGCGAUGCGAUGAUCACCGAGACCCCGUCCCAGUCCCCAUCAGUACCAAUACCCUCGGCAACCCUUUAAAUCCGCUAAAGUGCCCAUCUCCUUCCUUUUCAGUUAGUACGUGGUCGGACGAGUCGAUUGUGGAUCCGGGGACGGCAUCAAAGGCGUCAAUGGAUGAAAAGUUCACUAGGGAGUUUUAUGGAGAUGGAUUACUUGACAGCUUUGUUGAUGUACCUAAUAUAUGA